AUGGCAGCAGCUAGUGCUAUUGAUGGAUGUAAUCAACUCUUUCUAGUUGCUUAUGGCAUAUUAGAGUCGGAAAACAUUGAGUCCUGGACUUGGUUCUUGAAUGGCUUAUAUGAGGCAAUAGGUUUGCCUAAUGGUUUAGUACUUGCAUCUGAUAGGCAAAAGCGUCUUGAGGAAGCUAUUUGCAGGGUUUAUCCAUCUGUGGAGCAUAGAACAUGUGUGAGGCACAUGUACAAAAAUUUCAAGAAGAAAUUCCGUGGGAAAAGUCUACAAAAAAGCGUUUGGGCUGCUGCAAGAUCAUAUACAAUAGAAGACUUGGGGAAGAAACCGGAGAUAUGGAGUAGAUCACAGUUUAGUACUGUUUGCAAAUGUGAUUACAUCACAAAUAACAUAUCUGAGGCAUUCAAUGCAUGGGUUGCAGAAGCCAGGGAAAGGCCUGUUUUAGAUCUUUUAGACACAAUCAAACAGAAGAUAAUGGUGACCAUGGAUAAAAGAAGAAGAAUGGCAAUAAAAUGGAAUGAUGAUAUUGUGCCAUCUGUGAAGAAAUAUGUAAGGAACCUAUCUAGAGGAUUGGCAGCAUAUGAGGUACAACGUGGUAGUGAUUCAAAGGCUGAGGUCUCUUAUAAAGGACAGAGGUGUGAGGUUCUAUUGACUGAUGGAAUAUGCAGUUGUAGAAAGUGGCAAGUCUCUGGAAUACCUUGUGUACAUGCUAUGUCAUUCAUCUUUUCUAUCAGAGGUGCAAAAUGGGAAGAAUAUGUUGAUUUAUAUUUUUCAGUGGAAAAAACUGGGGUUGCUUACAACUUGGAGAUUGCUCCUAUGCCUGACAUUAGCCAAUGGAUUUCUAAUGGUCAAUUGGAUGGUUUACUUCCUCCAUUGUCAAGGAGACUAACUGGAAGACCGAAGAAAAAUAGGAUAAGUGCUGCAGAUGAGAUAAAGUUUGGCUACAAAUAUUGGAGCUUUAGGAUUGUAAUAGACUCCAUUUUGAUAUUUGGUUGUUUGGCUACAAAUAUUGGGGCUUUAGGAUUGUAA